UGCAAAGCUGAGGGAGAGGCAGGCAUUUGAGAGCUUGGAGGCUCCGAAUCUGUGUGUGAUGUUUGAGCAGUGGGCAGGCUUGGUAGGGAUGGACAACUGGGCCUGGCAUGAGAAACCCCGGGUAGGUGGACCUGGGCUUGGUCCCCGAGAACAUGGCUAGGACAGAAUGUGGGGGAGGGGACACCAGGCUUGGGCUCUGGCUUUCCGGAGGCCGGGGCACUCCUAGGGGUUGGAGUCUGUCCAUUACUAGUUCAAAGCCGUUUGCUCGUGGCGUUUGGCAUUUGACAGUGACUGAGCAAAGGAGUGAUGGCGUGCAGAUGAUGGGAGGAAGGAUUAGCCAUCAGAGCCUAUUUAGCCUGGACAGUUGCUAAGAGGAAGGAGAUUCUCAGUGUUUGGCUGUAGCCAAUGGAGUGGCAGGUGGGUCAGGAGUGGGCCCAGCCUGUGCUUCCUGGGAGAGGAGUACUUCCCAGUGGGCAUGAAAAUGGAGUGUGUACCUGAGAAGCAGGCGUGUGUGGAUCCUUGGAGCCCUGGUGUGGGUAGACGCCUUCCUCAACACAUUAUUAAAGCUGUGGUGUAGCUGUGAGAACCCAAAAGUAAAUAGAGGGGCAAAUGCUGAGAGGAGGAAGGGACCAUGGAGUUUGAGGGUGACUGUGCUGUCACCAGGAGGAAGUUGAAUGCAUCACAGUCACGGGUGACAAUAAAUUUUAUGUCUUUGUCUAGACAGGACAAUGAACAGAGCCCUCCUUAUGCCAGGUGUUAGGGGAGAGGAGAGCCCUGCUUGGAAGGGACUUUAGGCUGGGUGGGUGAACAGGCCCAGAUCUGAGUACCCACAACCUGGGCACCACAGACAUGACAGCCAGUGCUGGGGACUGAGGAAGAGACAGUUUGGCGACAGCUUUCCUGAGGUUAGCCCUGAAGGUGGAGGGAAGCAGGCAGCAGAAGCCACCGGUCAGAGGAAGUGCAAGUGUGCUGGUUCAGGAAAAGGGAGCCUGCAGGAGGUGUGUGCUUAGGAGGAGAGCACUUCUCCAGAGCCAUAGCUAGCUGUGGUGGGUCAGGGAAGAGAAUGGUCUGCUUUGUCCUAAACAGCCUCAGGAAGGGGGAGGUUGAGUUGCUGGGAGAGGAAAGGGGGUGUCGGUGCAAGUCGUAGGAAAGUGCGAGGGGCUUGCUGGACGGAUUUCUCAGGAUUUGAAUGACUGUCCAUCUAGGAUCGAAAAACUUGCUCAGUGCCUUGUCUCCAGGGUGGGACCUGGGUCUCCAGUUCUUGUGCGCUUAGCACAGCGCAGCACCAGGGAAGGAUGCCCAGAACCUCCAAAGAAGCGGCCUAAAGCUCCUGUCAGAGCCAGGAGAGACGGAGGUUCCGAGCUCGCCGGCCGGGAGAGGCAGCGCGCUCCGGGCAGCUGGACAAACCCCGCGCCCGGCUGCGCUGCGCCAUGCCGGAGGGCUGAGCGUCGCGGACGCUGCUCUCUGGGACACAGCAGGACUUGGUCCCGCUUUACCUGGGGACUGCGCGCGCCAGGGCCGAGCCCGGGCCGCUGACCAUGGUGCUGCCGCCUCCGGACCGGCGCCACGUGUGCCUGACCACACUGGUGAUCAUGGGCAGUAUGGCCGUCAUGGACGCAUACCUGGUGGAGCAGAAUCAGGGCCCGCGCAAGAUCGGCGUGUGCAUAAUUGUGUUGGUAGGCGAUGUGUGCUUCCUGUUGGUGCUGCGCUACGUGGCCGUGUGGGUGGGUGCCGAGGUGCGCACGGCCAAGCGUGGCUACGCUAUGAUCCUCUGGUUCCUCUAUAUCUUCGUGCUGGAGAUCAAGCUCUAUUUCAUCUUUCAGAACUACAAGGCGGCGCGGCGUGGAGCGGCCGACCCGGUGGCUCGCAAGGCGCUGACACUGCUGCUGUCCGUGUGCGUGCCAGGCCUGUUCUUGUUGCUUGUGGCACUAGACCGCAUGGAGUAUGUGCGCACCUUCAGAAAGCGCGAGGACCUUCGCGGCCGCCUCUUCUGGGUGGCUUUAGAUCUGCUGGAUCUGCUGGACAUGCAGGCCAACCUCUGGGAGCCACCGCGCACCGGGCUGCCUCUGUGGGCCGAGGGCCUCACCUUUUUCUAUUGCUACAUGCUGCUGCUGGUGCUGCCCUGCGUGGCACUCAGCGAGGUCAGCAUGCAAGGGGAGCACAUCGCACCGCAGAAGAUGAUGCUGUACCCGGUGCUCAGUCUCGCCACUGUCAACGUGGUGGCUGUGCUGGCCCGUGCCGCCAACAUGGCACUCUUUCGCGAUAGCCGAGUCUCAGCCAUCUUCGUGGGCAAGAAUGUGGUGGCACUGGCCACCAAGGCCUGCACGUUCCUCGAGUACCGGCGCCAGGUUCGCGACUUUCCUCCGCCCGCACUUGCGCUUGAGCUGCAACCCCCUCCUUCCCAGCGCAACUCGGUGCCACCACCUCCGCCGCUGCAUGGUCCGCCAGUGCGCCCCCACGGGCCCUCACCCACUCGUGAUGCGUUGGACACGUGACAGGGCCCCCGCGGGCCGCACAGACGCUGGAGUAGCGCGCGGUUUGCAUGGGAUGGGAUGGGGCAGGCUCCCAUUAGGGACAGGGGCUGUGAAUAACUGUGCAGUACCUGGGGUGCCGGGGCCGCGUCUGCUUCUUCAUCUCAGGAAUCUCUUGGACCACGGACCCUCAACUUCCACUCCACUAGCUCACCUUGAUGCACAGGGCAGUUUGGUGAGGCCUGGUCCUGAGUGGAGAUGCCUCAACCCCUGCCUGCUGCUGGGCUGCCAGGGUGGGAAGGGAGGGCAGUGUUCCAGGAGAUCUGGACCUAUGGUAGGGGCCCCUGGCUCAGAGUUUGGGGCCAAGGAGGCCUCUGUCAUUUUAAAGACUUGUGUUUACAGUUUUGUACCCAAA